GGCUAUUGUAAGCGGCUCGAUUGAGAAGGCAAUAAGUGGUCCACCCUAAAGUGCAUAUCAUCAAGAACAAUGAAGGUCACGUUGCUUCCACAGUUUGAAAAAGAAAAAGCCACGAGGGUUCGGGUAUUUUAAACGAGUCGCCGAUGGACUAAAUUUUCAUAAGCUCCCAUCUUGCCCAAAAUGUCGUCUACAUUCUUGUUAUUCUCGGAAUUAGAAAACGAUCCAACUAAACCUUAUGAUGUCCAAGUUGUCCAGUUCUGGCGAGGCGAGGAAGAGCCACGACGGCCCUAUCCACUUCACUGGGCAAUCUACGUCGAAACAAGUCCUAGCAUUGGGAACACGUAUCAAAUCGCAGGAGACUCCACAAACUACGCCAUCGAUAUCCGACUCAACCAGCCUCUGGAAAAUUUGGAGGACUUGCGUGGAAGCUGUAUAGUUGGAAAGGUAAACAGGAAGGAGCUCGACGCCAUGGAAACACUCCUUCCGAGAGUUGCCAUCAUGCGCGAUCUCCCCUGCUGGAAUAGCCAUAAUUGGGUGGAAGACGCGCUUGGGUAUCUCAGGCGCUGCUGCUGUUUUAGCAUCGUCGGGGAGAUAAAGUUGUCCGGUCUUCAGGACAACAUGUGUUGGCUAUUAGAGGAAUGGCCCGAGAUUGAGGACGCGGUAGAAUUUGUCGGUGACGCGAAUCUCGCGUGCGUCCAGAAUAACCGACGACUUUGGGACUCGCACCAAAACUUCUGGAGGCUGCACGAAACUUGGCGUUUGAAGUGCGCAGAGGCGGUCAAAGAUGACAAUGAGGAGUGCGACUCUGAAAGUGGUUAAAAGAAUCUGUUUGAUUUAUCAAACUCCAUGGAAUCUGGACCUAUGUUUG